AUGCCUCAGAAGAAGAUCCGCUGCACCUUCAAGGAGUGCAAGGACGCUGCCCAGCGCAUCGUCGGAGACUGCGGCUUCUGCAACGGUCACUUCUGCGGAAAGCACCGUCUCCUCGAGGACCACAAGUGCGAUGGCUUGGAAGACUGCAAGAAGCAGUCUCACGAGCGCAAUGCUGCACAGCUCGAGGCCGAGCGCACCCAGGUCAUCCGCGGUGUAUGA